CGUUUCAACUUUGUUUAUUUUGCGCCUUCAAGAAGAUCGAAAUAUAUUGUAAAAGGUAGCAAUGCAUACAAAAACUGCAUUUAUCAACCAAACCAUGUGAUGAACCAUCAUUGGUUUGCUACAUACCUGUGGAGAGAUAUAAUACACUACCAAGGUGCUGAAUAGAAAAUGGUGGUCAUUAAUUUGGACUAAACUGAAAACAACAUCACGGCCAAGAUGAUAGAUGGUAUGGACUCAAUCGUGAGGCCACAGAGCAGAUGUCUUAACAGAAAGUUUUGAUGUGAACAAAGGAAACAGACUUUAACAUUACAAUGAACUAACGUUUUAAUUCUUUGUGGGCCAGCAUAAAAUAAUAUGGAGGAAGAUGUGGUACCAGUCGCAGAGGAUGAGGUUAAUUUUGAUCCUCAAGAUCUUCUGGAAGACCCAGCCAGACAAGAGAUUUCUCAGACCUCCAUAGAAAUUAUGCAACUUCUCGCUGAAUGUGAAGGCGGACAUGAAGUGUUUGGAAAUAUUCACCAAGGUAAUUUCAUUUACGAUAGUGCAAGUCUGGUUGGUAGCUCUUCGGAGUUGUCAGACAUUUUUCAAGAUGACAGCCAAAUCAAUAUUCAUUCUGGGCACAGACUGGACGAUAUUUUAGUAAAAAGUAUUGAUUCAUUGAAUAAAUCUCCUAAAAAGAAGACCUCACAUUGUCAAGAUGAUUCAUCAGAGAAGAAAAAACCUAGGAAUUCGAAAGAAAAAUUGAAUAAGAAAACCUCCAAGAAAUCUCCAAAAUCUAAAAUCAGUUCUUCAAGAAGAAAGAAGGGCAGUGAAGGGGAUAUUGAUGGAAAACCCAAAAGAAAACGGCGAGUGAAAUUAUCAAAAUCACCAAUAUCUGACGAUGUUGAAUGUGGUACCGGGAACAUUUCUGGUACACUAGACAGUACUUCAUCUCUGCAUUACGAAAAAAACUCGAAAUAUAAAAUUGGAGAGGAUGGAACAUAUACCUGCUAUAUAUGCGGGAAAAAAUUCCCCAUUCUAAAAUCUCUUCAGAUUCAUUCUACGAUACAUCGACAGAAAGUGAGGCUGGGGAGAAAGUCACAGAGUAAAGAGGAUUCCGAACAACACCGAAGUGGAAGGAAAAGCAGCACCUCAACAAUUAAAAAUACUCCCCUGCAUUGUAGUGCUAAACUUGGACACAGUAGUUUAGUGCACUCUGGUAAUACCAUACCUGCUGCAAGCGUCUGUGUUUAUGGAAUGUCACCGGAACGUGAGAGACUGAAAUUAAAUCAGAACAGAUAUGAUGUCUGCUCCGAAAUUUCUACCAUCAAUGGUGUCCAUAGCAAAACGACAGGAAAGGUUUCAUGCAUUAGAAAUUUAAAAUGUUCUGGCAGUGGUGAUUUCAGCAGCACAAGAAAAGGGAAUGCAUCAUGUUCUAAAACAUUGGAGUCUUUAUCAAGACAUGGGACAGAAGAGUACUUGACACUGAGUUCAAAGAAGUCCAAGAUAGGCUGUAGAAACAGACAUUCUGCCGUUAAAAGUGGUGAUGAUCGGGAAGGUUCAACAACUGAGAAAACAGCAGGCAGACAGACAUCAAAACAUCAGAAAAAAUCUGUGAUACCAAUGGGACAGAGUUCUGGAAAAUCUGUGAUACCAAUGGGACAGAAUUCGGGAAAAUCUGUGAUACCAAUGGGACAGAGUUCCGGAUCAGCAUGUAAUUACACCAAGAAAAGAAUUGCCUCGGAGAGAUAUAGUGGAGAAAAACAGCCAAUGAAAAGGGUCUGUUUGCUGGAUCGAUUUAGGGGUGACACUGGAUCAGAUAAAGCUGGACCAAGUCAAAGUUCUGAUUCAGUCCAUCUGUGUACCGUGGACACCAAUCCAAACACAAAUGGUGGGCUGUUACAGCUUUUUGAUGUUGACAGUUCGCUGAAAGGUUCGAAAAAAGGAGGUCGGACACGAGUACGAAUCAAACGAGGACAGUUGGUUAGGAAGAGGACAGUGGAAACCCAUAAAUCAUCGGCUUGUGAAUCUGGACAUAUGUUUACGGGGAACAGUACAAGGGGAAAUACUCAUCACAGGGAAGACAGUGUUGUAGGGAGUAGUUCAGGAAGAGAAGUCUCCGCUAGCACUGACAGUUAUAAGAACUCCUGUGUCGUCUCGAGCUCUCGUAAGGAAGCUACACAGUGCAAUUCAUUUGAUCAAAAUGAUGACCGAUGUCAGAAGAUCCCAACAUUACAUAACACAAAUACAUUUUCUAUGCACAGUUCAGCUUUGGAUUCAAAUUCAAAUUUGAAAUGUUGUCAAGCAAUUAGUCCGAAACAACACAAAUGUCAUUCACGAAAACGGCAACAUGUUGGCCAAAUGAGGAGCAUCAACGAAGGGUCAGGAUCCGGAGGUGACAACACUUUUCAGCAAAAUCCCGAGGAAAAUUCUACAAAAAGGAAAAGUAUUUUAACAACCACAACCUCGGGAGUCUUGUUACAGGAUCACAGUAAUAAUGAGAAAAUACUACACAACGGUCAGAGAACAGUAAGGGAGGGCGAGGCUUUGAACCGUGUAAUGGAGGAUAAUGAUAUCAUUAUGUCAACAACUGUUCUAAAUCAAAUUCCUGCAAUGCCAAGAUUUAUUGAUGACAGCCGUGCAGAAUCAAAGUCAAAGGACGAGGAGAAUGCUAGUGAUUGUAGUCCCAGCAAUAGUUCUGACGAUGAAAGUGAACCUCUCGUUUUAUAUAAACAGUCAUGUAGGACUCUGCCUCUUUGUGCUCUGUUGAACUUGGCAAGACGUCAAAAACUUGCACAUGACUUGUUUCGGACUAUCCAUGGUGCUGUUAAAGGAAAUAUUGUCAAAAACUCAUGUGCUGAGCUGUCUGUUGUUGGGUGUGAACAGGAGGAUCAACAGGGGAUGUGUAGAGGCGAGAAUGAUUUGUCGGGAACAACUAAGAAUAUUACGUCACUUUCACAGGAAAUCAAAGACCUAUCACCUCCUAAAGUGACUGGAUUUAUGUCUAUUUAUGACAAGGGAGAAACUGCUGGAGAAAAAUUUGUAAAUCUGAAUAACGGUAGUUCAAAUUUGCCAAAUGAUAACCCUGUUGAGAUUACAAGUGUGUCUGAAUGUUUGCUGGUGGACCCAAAAAAGUCUGUAAGUGUUUCAGAAUCAGCCACUGUCUCGGCUGAACAACAAAAGUCUGAUAAAAUGCCAAAAUCAUCAGGAUUGUCUAACAAGUCACAUUCUUUUUAUCAGAAUAGUUCUGUGUCUCCCUCCACUGACCAGGUCGAGUCUGCUUCACCAUUAGAAAACAUAACAUUGGCUAAUUGUCAUGAGGAACAACAGGGAGGUAGCCUCGAAAAACAUCGGGGAGAGAAAUCACAUCACCAUGGUAACUGUCUACCCCAAACAUUGGCUACAAAUCGAGCUAACUUGCCACCAUUAACAGAAGUGGUACAGUGUGAUGUGCCAGUAGGUAUGUGUGUUGUAGUGGAAGGAAAUGACAUGGUAACACAAUCAAAUAUUAGGACUGAUAGUGAAGUACGGGAGUGUCCCAAACUUUCUAUCUCAACUGACUGUACACUGUCUUCACUGAAAAGCAUAGCCGAUGGUAAUUGUAUAGAGGUCUCGAAAUCGUGGCACUGUUCUACUGGUUCAGAAGGUGAUGAAGAGGAUAUGUCUGUCGAGGCCGCGGCACUGAAAAAGGCUGGAGAAGAUGCAGACAAUGACGUGUUUGACAAGAAUCAACUUCAUGGGAAUUUUGUCGAUGUUUCUGUCAACAGAUUUUUAGACAACAGUUCCGUAGAUCAUGUGCCAGAUAGAUGUUUAGAUGAUGUUUCAGUAAGCUUAGAGGAGAUCAAGAGUUUAGAUGACCAUAAAGAUUAUGACCAUAAAAAAUCCAUUACUUCAUCAAGAGACCCUCAUGAAGGAAGUAGCAUAUGCUUUUUGAGAGGGUCAAAAUUGGGUUUUAAGCCAUAUCAGAUUGGAGUUCAGCAGAAUUUACCAAGGAAUGUCAUGUCUACCUGUAAUAUUGUCGGGACAUUUGCUGAUGACAUGGUGACGGGUAUGAUCAAUGUUAUUGAUACGGAAACCAACUCUUAUGACUCUUCCUCUGUCUCGUCUAAAUUCCAUGAUUACUGUGCAAGACAGAUAUCAUAUCAGAACUUCCUUCAGUGGAAACUGGAUGAAAAUAUAUAUAAAGAACUUUCCCAGGACAACAGCAUAUGUGCCAGAAUGCUCUCCUACCAAGCUUUUCACAGGACGAAGUCUCAAAAUCUGUUUUCAUCUGAAAAGCAUUUAGAAGGGAUUCCUUGUGAUCAUGACUGUACAACUCUCCAAGGGGAUGAAUGUUCAGGACACACAUUGACAGAGAUAAAACAGUCCUAUCAUAGCUUGGAGCAGGCAGAGUUAACAGGAUCAGAUCGCAAAGUUACUAGGAGUGGGGAACAGCCAGUUGUGAUGGGAUCAGACAACACAGUUACUAGGAGUGGGGAACAGCCAGUUGUGAUAGGAUCAGACAACAAAGUUACUAGGAGUGAGGAACAGCCAGAAGUUACUACGAAGGGGAACCAGCCAGCUGUUAUGGGAUCAGACAUUACUGUUACUAGGCAGGGGGAACAGUUGUUAAUAGCAGAAUUAGAUGCUGCCGUCAGUGAGGGCGACUGUGCUAACAGUAACAGUGUUUGUGCUAUAAGUGAGGGCAUCUGUGCUAUCGGUGAGGGCGACUGUGCUAACAGUGACGGUGGUAUAAGUGAGGGCGACUGUGGUAUAAGUGAGGGCGACUGUGGUAUAAGUGAGGGCGACUGUGCUAUAAGUGAGGGCGACUGUGCUAUAAGUGAGGGUGACUGUGCUAACAGUGUCAGUGGUAUAAGUGAGAGCGACUGUGCUAUCAGUGAGGGCAACUGUGCUAACAGUGACGGUGGUAUAAUUGAGGGUGACUGUGCUGUCAGUGAGGGUGACUGUGCUUUCAGUGAGGGCGACUGUGCUAUCAGUGAGGGCGACUGUGCUAACAGUGAUGGUGUCGACGGUAUAAGUGAGGGUGACUGUGCUGUUAGUGAGGGCGACUGUGCUAACAGUGACGGUGUCGACGUUAUAAGUGAGGGCGACUGUGCUGUAAGUGAGGGCGACUGUGCUAACAGUGACGGUGUCGACGAUAUAAGUGAGGGCGACUGUGCUGUUAGUGAGGGCGACUGUGCUGUUAGUGAGGGCGACUGUGCUAACAGUGACGGUGCCGGUGGUAUAAGUGAGGGUGACUGUGCUAACAGUGACGGUGCCGGUGGUAUAAGUGAGGGCGACUGUGCUGUCAGUGAGGGCGACUUUGCUAACAGUUGUGGUUAUAUCGACAGGAAAAUUUCAGCAGUUGGCAAUGAAACUUCCUUGGAUUCUGAGGAUAACAGAAAUAUCACAAGAUCCUAUAGUCCUACUGUGGUUUCUACUGGCCUGAAUCAGAACAUUUCUAUCAAGUCAGAUACAAAAUCAUCUCAAAUUAACACUCAAUUAUCUAAAGACCAACAAACGUACCUCGACUACGGAUAUUUCUUAAAGGGAGUGAUACCAGACGACAUGACAAAUCGGGUAUCAUUGUAUAGUGAAGAAUUAUCAAAUGACAGAGGUGAAUCAUCUGAGGAUGAAUGUGAUAAUCUUGUAAAAACUAACCAAGAGGACACUUGUGCAAGAGUGCAGCCUUUUGAAACAAAUAUCAUGCACAAGUUCUCGGACAAAACAAAAUUGUUGUUUCAGGAAUAUCAUGACCGACAACAAAACGCCAUGGACAUUACCUACAGUGAUACUGAGGAGAAAGGUUCUAGACUUGAUAGGGUAAACACUGAUAAUCACACUCAGACGGUGUCAAGUCUGGAGGAAAAUGAGUGUUCUGUUUAUGAAAUGCACAUGCUAGGUAGUGUUUCUUCAAUGUCUGCAAGCUCAAACUCGACCAAUAAUCAAAAUGAGUUCAAAAGGAACACAGAAAGUGAUACAACACAUUCAAGCUUUAAUGGAACAUUUUCUGCACAAAAAUUUGGAAAUACAAAAGAACCUGCUAGUGUCAACCUAGGAGACAUUGACGAUUCAGUGGGUUCAAGUUGUGAAGGGUUACCAUCGAAAUCCGACAUGGUGCCAUUCAAAUCUAGCAUGAAGGUAUUUAAUUUAGAAGACAUGGGCCCUUCACUGUUGAACCGACAAAAUAUUGUGUUGUCCGAGGAGGAACAGCGCUAUCUAAAAUCGCCUAAAAAACUGUGGUACAGAAAUUACAUGGGCGGAAUAUCGACUACCGAGGAGAUAAGGGGAGAUAAUCCCAAAACCUCUUUUGAAACUUCAAGUCAUGAGAAAGCAUUUGUAUUUCUGGAACUGCAUGAUUCGGAACAACAUGAUGAUAUUGAGGAUGAACUCAGUAGUUGUGUGGAUCCUAAUACAGCCACACUUGGUAAGGAAAACACCCCUGAAAAAAACAUGGUUGAUGACACCAGGGAAUGUUCAGAACCGGUUGAUUUCAACGGACAGUUGUGCGAAGUGAUUGCCAGAAGUGGUGAAGAAAGUCAGACUUGUAACGUGAGCGUACGACAAAAUGAGGACGAUUACGCCAGUGAUACAACUGGUAGAUUUGAAGUGUGCUCCAGAAUGAGACAAUUCAGAAAACGGCGAAGUUGUGCGAGAGCAUGUCGCGACGGUUAUGUGUCAGGAUGUGCACGAAGUAGGGUGUUUGUAAAAAAAACUGAUGAUAAAAGUUAAGAUAUGUUGGCCAAAUUGUUUAAGUCAAGUUCCGGGUAGCUUAACUAUUAAUGUUAAUGUUUAGAGGAAGUUAUUUUCAAAAAUAUUGGAAUCUGUUAUUAGUUCAAGGAUAUAUGCAAUACUAUACAGACGUUAUCACAUGAUAUAUGUGAUUCAUUUUGUAGGUUGUAGGUUAUGUUAGAGGAAUGAGGUUUAUUUUCUAACACUUACGAGGUCAUAACAGCAAUUGGUUUCUGGACAUAUUUACUAUGAAUCUCUAACAUGUACAUGAUUCAUGGAAUAUUUCCACGAUCCUGAUGUUAUAAUGACCUCAUAAAUGUUGACGAAUAAAUUAACCUAUUGUCAACAUAUACACAUACAUCUUUCACCAGACACAUCUUUUAACGACCAAUAAAACAGCUGUUUUCUUUCUUUAUACAAGCUAGGGGACAAUACAACAGUGAGAACAGCAUGUUUUUCGUGUGAAAAUAUGAAAUUUCCGUUCAGUUUAAACUAUUUAUUUCUGGUAAUAUACAAUACAUUAUCAGCAACGAUUCAGAAACAAGUGUAAUGUCCGUCUCCAUUUGAGGUCCUAGCAACACCAUAGCAACAAAACAAUCAACAUGUAGAUCAAAAUUCAAAAUUUAAUUUUUAGAUUAUCGCACAUAAUUUGUUUUGUUUGUUUCAAACAUUUAAUUUUAUCUUUAACAUGAAUGCAAUUAUGUAUAAUGUCUGUUUUAAUUAGCAUAAUAACAAUACACAAAGGGUGGAUAUUGUGUCAAUACACAUUGGGAUGAGGUCACCUGUAUUAUGCAAAAAUAAAUGUCAUUUUUGGUCAAUGGGUUCAAGUAUACAGAAAGUAGAUAUUUUUGAAAGUUUGCAUUUCGGAUUGAGAAAGGAAUGGAGGCAGGGUAGUCUAGUGUAAGGACGCCGGGCUCGUGACCGAAGGGUUGUGGGUUAGAGUCACGUCACAGCACUGUGUUGUAUCUCUGACCAUGAU